GGAAGCAUUUACGGUGAGUUUUGAGUUUGCUUCUGUUUUUAGUUUAAAAUAACAGAACAUCCACAAAAUAGCAACACAAGAAAUCCAAAUUUCAUCACCAUUUGUGUCAAUCGUUCGAUCAACGCAGUGAAUUUGUUUAUUGUAUUUUUUGGUGAAUGUUGCUUCAUUGUUUCUAAGAAAGAGAAUUCAUAUCAAAAUGUGAAAUUCGAAUGAUCCAAAUUGGAAUGAAGUGUGCUUGAAAAUUGUCACAUCAUCACAUUGAGGCACACAUUUGUAACGCAACGAAACGAUGAUUUAAGACUGUGUGACAAACUGCAAGGAUUUUUCGCAAACGAGAAUCAUUUUGAUCGUUGACAGUUUCAGUUCAGACAACAUACUCGUUGGGUGAGGUUCAGAAUAUAAAGUGCAUACGAUCGAUUUGAAGCAAAAGAAAGGUGAAAAAUGAAGCGCAAGAAAGAAGGAGAGUAUGAAAACACACAAAAUAGGACCGUCAAACAAACCCUGAACACCAUUUUGCGUCCAAAAUUUCGGAAAAGUUUUCGUAUUUUAGUGUUCACAUGGUGCCUCGCAGCAACGCGCAUUUCCACACUGGCCUCAUUGUUGCUACUUUAUUACGCAAACAAAGCCAUCGACCAGGAUGAAUGCGACGAAAAUACAGACUUUUUCGAUGGCAAUGGCAAAGAGGUAAUUUAUAAUUACUUCCACGAUGUACUCUACGGAAACCAUCAAAAUUUGCCGUUUGAAUUUUUGUCGAUCGUGAGACGAGCCUGUCCUCGUUUUAUUUGGCCUCAUCGUCAUGGCAUAGGAAAUGCAUUCAAUGCAAUUGUCGAUCAAUACAUCAAGAAUGUUCAAACCAAUCUUAACACCUGGUGCAAAUCCCACAUAAAGAAGUUUUUCACUAUGAAACAAUACGAGUUGAAUCGAAUGCUACGGAUUCAUAGUACUGAUGAACAGUUAAUCACAGACAAAGAUGUGAAUCAUGCUGUGUCUGCUGUAGUACAUCAAUAUUAUGCACGAACAACAGGAAUUCGAACGCACAACAUGUAUAUAUUGAUAGCGGAAGCGGAAAAAAUUGGUGUGCCUGUAAAUCAGAAAUUGAAAAAAUACGUCGAAGAAAACUGGUUUGCGUCACUUCGUUUUUUCUUGAAAAUUCAACGUGCGAUCGACGAAUUUCAUCGAAAUAACAAUUAUCUGUGUUCAUUGUGGGAGAAAUAUCGAAACAAUCGUAAUUUGCCAAAGCCAUCUGAGCCCGCACCACCGAAAAUAGGAAAUUUCAAUGCAAUUCCAAUAUGCGACAACCAACUAAAACACAUCAGCAUUGAUCAUACGCAAUUCUAUUUCAUGGCAUGCAAAAUUGGUGCACUGAAAAGACGUAAAGGAAAACAUGGCAAAAUUAACAUCAGCUAUGCGGAGUACAAGGAGAAUCCAUUUUCCUGUUGGAACUACGUAUUCGACAUGUACAAAAUUAAGAAGCUCGGCAAAGGAAAAGAAUUCGAAUUUCUCGCUCUCACCGACAACGUGGCAGUGUCAUUGGUGUACAUCGAACCAAUAAAACCUGAGUCGAUCGGAUUAUCAUGGGAACGAAUUCGUCACAUGUUCGAAGUUCUCAAGUGUUUCGUUUAUGAAAUUGGCAUUGAUCCGGGUUUUCGCACAUGGAAUGCCACUGUUCGUCGUCACAUUGAAACCGACACAGAGGAAAACAUCACCGUUGACGCAAGAGAAUACCACUGGCUGGCUCGAUACAAUCAGCGCGAGAAAAAAGGAAAAAGAUAUCGAAAGGAAUUCCAGGAAGAGGAAAGAGCGCACAUGGAAUCGUUCAUUUUCAUGCCAUCUCCAAAAGGAAAAUUUGUUUGGAAAUUCUACAUCGAAACUCGAGUCGCAAUGAUGGACAAAGCCCUUGCUGUGUAUUCGCAACGAAAAUAUGUUCGGUUAAAAUUCGAUCAUUACUCUGAUUCUGUUCAUGCAAGUGAUGAAACAGCCAAAAUGUUGACAAAUGGAAAACCAACUAUGGCAUACAUCGGUGCUAGUGGUAGUGCUGCGAACUCACCUAUCGGCAUUAAAAAACGUCAACGAUGUCCGGGCACACGCAAACUGGUGGCCAGUUUCAAGAAACUAGGAAAUGUUGUCAUCAAAUUCAUUGACGAAUGGAAUACAUCACAGCAUUGCGCCAAAUGUAUCAAUCGUUUUGAUCCACGUACGAAGAGUCAUCGCUCCAAAGUGUGCCACAACUGCCUGCAGACUGGAUAUCAAGUACGAGACGGUGUUAUGAUUUUGCCAAAGGUUAUCAUCACAAAAAUGAGUAAGCGACAAAUGCAACGUCUUCGCAAACGAAAGCGAUUGGAACAAGCUGCCCAGCCAAACAAUGUUGUUCAGCCAAUUGUUGCAUAUCCAAAUCCACCACAACCACGUUUAGUUCCCAAAAUCGUAGUAUUAUUCAAAAUGGAACUAAAUGACGCCGGUGAAUGGGUAUAUGUAGCAAUGCAAACCAAAACAGUUUGGGACCGGGACAUAGUUGCGGCCAAAUGUAUCAUGUACAAAGGCCAUUGUGAGGUGUUCGGUGAAGAAAUCCAUCCAUCACUGAAACGUCCACGACCACCACCUCAUGUCCAGUUACCUGAUGAGCCAGCCGAUGAAGACGACAAUUGGUACGACGAAUGGUUCUAUGAGAACUACGACGAGUGGUACAACGUAGCGGAUAACGGCGAAGGCAUUUGGGAGGAAGACCAGUUUGGAAAUAUCAUUGUGCAUGUGCUUGACAAUUAAUAAACAAACACCGACGUCAUUUAGUAUUAAGAUUAGAAAAAAUAAUGUAACGAAUGUUACUUAGCUAGGCUUGAUUUAGUAUACAUAAGUGUGCUAUCUGUGGCCUUUCAAACUAAUUAGAUAAAAAUUAGGUCUUGAUGAAUCCAAUUUUGGAUCAUUGGGAUAGUCG